AUGAAGAAGAGGAGAAUGAAUUUCGAUCAGGCGAGGAAGGUGUAUAUGGAGAACCGAUUCAAGGCCAAUGGUAUUGGCGCUGAUGGUCUUCCGAGGGAUCCGAAGUUUGUGAGCUUCUCUUAA